AUGGAGCGAAAGUUGAUAGAAGCAGCUCAAAAGGGAAAUUUGGCUGAACUGGAUGACUUAAUCAGAAGCAAUGGGCUCAUCCUUGAGGAGAUGGCUCUCAAAGGAGGUCACACGCUGUUGCACGUCGCUUGCGUGGCCGGCGAAUUGAAUUUCGUCCGAGAGCUUCUGAAGUUGAAACCGCAGUUCGUGGAAAUAGUGAACGCUGAUGGCUUCAGUCCGUUGCACAUCGCGGCAGCUCAAGGUCAUGUUGAGAUCGCGAGGGAGCUCUUGGGAGUGGGUCAACACCUGUGCUCUGUGAAGGGAAGGGAGAGAAGAAUCCCUUUGCAUUAUGCCGUCGUAAACGGGAAGCUCCAUGUCAUGAAGGUGCUGCUCUCCUUUUCGCCUGAGUCUGUCGAAAAGACAACCGCCAGAGGGGAGACGGCGCUUCACCUUGCCGUGAAGAACAACCGGUUUGACGCGUUCGUCAUGUUGGUGGAGCAUCUGAAGCUGCACAAGAAGGAGCAGGUGAUCAAUUUGCCGGACAACAGAGGCAACACUGUCUUGCAUGUCGCUGUCGCCGCCCAAAAUUUCGAGGUGGUUGACUUCAUGCUUUGUGGGCAUGCUCUGAAGUUCGGGAUCAUGAAGGUGAACGCCUUGAACAAUAGUGGCUCAACCCCUCUCGAUGUCUCACCUCGCUCUGAUCGAGAGAUUAGAGAAAUCCUCCUGCGAGCCGGAGCCAUACACGGACAAUCAAACUUGCCCUCUUCAGAAAUAGAACUGGUGCACCGCAACGAAGGUAAUAAUAACGGAGCCACCAGCUAUCGACCAUUAUCGCCACCAAGAGAUUCGUACCAAGGACAAGAGUCGUUGGAUGAUAAACGCAAUGACCUGCUGGUUGUAGCCGCGCUCAUAGUAACCGCAACCUUCCAAGCCGUGAUUCAGCCUCCAACCCUUUUUAAAAAAUUCAAACUUCAUACCAAGAAUGGCUUGCUUGCAGCAUUCUCAUCUUUCGCAACAAGUACCAUCGGGACGAAUUUCGCUUUAUGUACCUUCCUGAGCAGCAACACUUUCGGAUUCUUCUUGUCUGUUCAGAUAAUCAUUCGUCUCACCAAAAAUCUUCCAUUGAAGUGGUCGCUGAUGCUCUCCAUGUUCUCGAUGGUUCUUACUUACCUUAACUGCAUGGCGAACGUGCCGUCCAGGUCGUUACUGGAUGAAGAUUUCAGUCCUCAAGGCGCAGCAUUGAUAUUCUCACUGGCGACCCUGAUACCAGUUGCUCUUCUAUUAUUACAGAACAAAAUAACACGAUUACUAGGUGCGGCAAAGGAACUCUCUUCGAGAGUAACAUCCUAGGUUCUAUGGACAGUCCACGAAAAAGUAGGUCUCGUCGUUAAAGAUAUCUCUCUACUUAAGGGUUGUGCAAAGAAAAUGCAAACUGUAUGCAGCGUCGGAACUGAGUUUGUCAAUAACGCCAGGUGUUGAUCCGAUACCCUUGGUUAUCUCCAGUUGAUUGUGUAAUGUCCGCAAUG